UAAUCCAACAGCUCCUAAUCAUCUAACGAAGCAUUAUAAAACGCCACAAUAUCUUCUAUCAUAGAAAGCAUUACGACACCUCCAUUUUUGCCUCUGUAAAUCCAGAGGAACCAGCUUUAACAGAAACCAUGCCAUAUUAUACCAGAAACAAAGACGACAUUAAUUGUUUCAAUGAUUAUAAUCCGAGACCAUAUAUAGGUGGAUAUGACAUGGCCUUGACGUACGGACGUCCCAUUUCAGCAUCUGAGGAGACCUGCUACCCAAGGAGCUCCUCCGCCGAUGAGAUCGACUAUGAUUAUCCCGACUUCACCUGGUACGUUGAGCCAUCCGCCUACAACGAUGAUCAUCUGCAGGAGGAGUACACUAGCUAUGCUCGUCCCAAGCCCCGACCUGCUCCUAACAGUCUUGGAAGUUGCCCUAUUCUAGGGGGAAACGAUGAAGAGAAGAAACAUCACCACUGCCACCUACGACCACGAGAAGCACUGUGAUGACGAGUAAUAGGGAUUCAUGCCAUUAUUUGCUACUAAAUAAAGGAUUGAGGCAUGUUUCCUUUCGUGUAAGAGCUCUUUGUGAACUUGUGUGUUUCCUGCAGUGCAAUGGAUCAUCUGUUACUAGUAUUCAUAACACCAGUAGCUAGUAUCUAUUAGGCAUGUUUCGUCUUUAAUGGUGGUUCCGUUGUGCAAUCUAUGUGAACAUUGUCUACUAUAAGUUAAUAUAAACAAAAAGUUUAGUGCUCAUAAAUUUAAAAUUCCUUCUAAGGAUUAUGGA